AUGAAGCUCGUGGUUCUGCUUUCGGCGUCUAUCGCCGUAGCCCUUGCAGCCCCUCAGGGGUACUCUCUGUCCUCGCCUUCUGGACCUGGCUUUUCUCACGGCGGUAGCAGCGGAGGUGGAGGUGGAGGUGGAUUUUCCAGCGGUGGAGGUGGUGGAUCCUCCAGCAGUGGAAGUGGUGGAUUCAUCAGCGGUGGUAGCGGAGGAUUCUCUAGCGGCGGAGGUGGUGGAUUCUCCAACGGUGGAAGCGGAGGAUUCUCUAGCGGCGGAGGUGGUGGAUUCUCCAACGGUGGAAGCGGAGGAUUCUCUAGCGGCGGAGGUGGCGGUGGAUAUGGAGGAGGUGGCAACGGAGGAUGCAGGGAUGGAGAGGUUCAACACGUAGACGGCUCAUGCGUCAGACCUAUAAUCUCGCGAAACGUCUACGUUUACGACGCUCCCGACCAACCUCAGCAGCCAAGUGGUCCCCCACCGAGCAUCCCGCCACCGAAAGUCGAGCACAACAUUGUCUUCGUUCGUCUUCCAGAACAAGCCGAAGGACCUGAUCCCGUCAUCGUUCCUCCACCAAGGCAGGAGAACAUCAUCUACGUCCUGAACAAGAACGACGGCGGAGGAGGCCAGCGCGUGAUCGAAGUGACAGCUCCUCCUCCAUCCAAUCCUGAGGUCUAUUUCGUCAACUACGCUGAUGGUGAGAAUCCCCAACUGCCCAUUGGUGUGGAUCUCCAGACUGCCCUCCAAGCCGCUGCUGACGGCGGCGGCCAGGUUAUCGGCGGCGCUGGUGGAGCAGGAAGUGGAGGAUUGGGUGGAGGCGCAGGUGGAUUCGGAGGUGGUUCAGGAGGCGGAUUUGGCGGCGGUUCAGGUGGAUUCGGCGGCGGUUCAGGAGGCGGAUUCGGCGGCGGUUCAGGAGGCGGAUUCGGCGGCGGUUCAGGUGGAUUCGGAGGCGGUUCAGGAGGUGGAUUUGGAGGCGGUUCAGGAGGUGGAUUCGGUGGCGGAUCAGGAGGUGGAUUCGGUGGCGGAUCAGGAGGUGGAUUUGGAGGCGGCUCAGGAGGUGGUUUCAGCGGUGGCUCAGGAGGUGGUUUCAGCGGCGGUUCAGGAGGUGGUUUCAGCGGUGGCUCAGGAGGUGGUUUCAGCGGUGGCUCAGGAGGUGGUUUCAGCGGCGGUUCAGGAGGUGGUUUCAGUGGAGGCUCAGGCGGUGGAGCCCCAGAUGGAAACUACAGCCCUCCUAGUAACACCUAUUCCGGGCCUUAGGCAAAUAUCCACCUGGACAAGUUCACAGAUGAUACCAUUAUGGUCAUCAACUCUUUAUAAUUUUCAUGUACUGCUAUGUUUAUACUGUUUUAUUGUUGAUUCUUCUACAAAUAUAUAUCAUUUCAAAUAAC